AUGGCCUCGCUGUCGACCCCCAGAGCUCGACGCUGUAGCUACUCGGGCGGUCGAGACGGCGUGAUAUGCGCCUGGGACUUGGGACUCGACCUGAUCAAGGCCGGCGAAGACGAGCGCGAUCCCUUCGCCGACCACCAUGCCGCCGACUACAAGCCACCGCCGACUCAAUUCCGCUCCCAGGUGCAGGCGCACACCCACUGGAUCAACGACCUUGUCCUCGCCAACAACAGCGCCGCCCUCGUCUCCGCCUCGUCCGAUAUCACUGUAAAGGUAUGGCGCCCGGCCGCCCACGAAUCCGUUCCCCCAGAGACCAUUGGUCUGCACACCGACUACGUUAAGCGCGUUGCCUCGCCCGGCCAGCACGAGAACUGGGUGGCGUCAGGCGGACUGGACCGGAAGAUCAGCCUGUGGGACCUUAAUGGCGGCGGCAGGAGGCUGGAAAUUCAUGUGGGUGAGGACGACAACUCCUCGGCCAAGGGGUCAGUCUACGCCCUGGCUGCUACACCGAACAUCAUCGCCAGUGGUGGACCUGAGAGCGUCGUACGUGUAUGGGAUUCUCGAACGGGCAAGCGCAUCACCAAGUUCGUCGGACAUACAGAUAACGUGCGCGACAUCUUGGUUGCGCAGGAUGGAGAGACCAUCUUGACAGCUUCGUCCGAUCAAACGGUCAAGGUGUGGUCCAUGACGGCCGGUCGCUGCAUGCACACCCUCACCAUGCACAACGACAGCGUAUGGUCGCUAUUCUCCGAGGAUCCUCAGCUCUCCGUCUUCUACUCCUCCGACCGAUCUGGCACCGUCGCGAAAACCGAUGUGCGCAGUUGCGCUGAAUGGGACGAGGGUCUUUCCGUCGCCGUAUGCCAGGAGCAUGAGGGUGUUGGCAGAGUCGUCAGCGCCGGCGACUACAUCUGGACUGCAACCUCGAGCUCCAGCAUCAACAGAUGGAGCAACAUCGACACCAGCGCAGAGGUUGAGCUACCGGAAUCUUACAGGUGGCACCGGAACAGUGUGGCCACCACACGUUCACGCUACCCGUCGCCUCCCGCAUCGAGCCCACCCACCACCGGCGCCACACCGAAGAUACCUGGGAAGGCGCUUCUACGCAUGUCGAACACCGCGCCCUACCCGCAACUGUGCACUAAAGACCCAGACGCGUCGACACUGGCCAGCACGCGGAAGCCAUCAGAAGCUCUGACGACAGCAGAACAUGGAGGUAUCGUUCCCGUGAGAAGCGCGCCAGACUUCUGCAUCGAAGGUCAAAACGGACUCAUGAAGCACCAUCUCCUCAAUGAUCGCAGGCGAGUCUUGACUAUGGACACAGCGGGAGAAUGCAUGCUAUGGGAUCUGCUACAAUGUGCCCCGAUCAAGUCGUUCGGCAAAAGGCAUAUGGAGGACGUGCUACCGGAGGUCAACACACAAGAAAGCGUUGCACAUUGGUGCGCGGUCGACACCAGGAUAGGGACCUUGACAUGCGUGCUUGAAGAAAACUACUGCUUCGACGCUGAGAUGUAUGCGGAUGAGCUGCAAUUGGAAGAGCAAAUCGACUUCCGCGAAGAUCACAGAAUCAAUCUUGGCAAAUGGAUACUGCGGUAUCUUUUUUCGAAUCUCAUCGACGAGGAGAUCAAGCGCGAUGAAGUCUAUCGAGCCAAGCGUCUGCAAGAGAAGCAGCAAGAAGCGCAGACGGGUCGACCGACGAACAUUGAGAUGCCGAAUGUCCAUAUCAACGGCUGGAACGCUUCGGGGCCUACUUCUGGCUCUACGCUGAAGGGCAAUGGCUUCCACUUCCCACACACACCUGGUGGCAUGGGCAUUGGUUUGGCGACUCCCCAAAUACCGCCUCACAGCGCAGGACGAGGGUCACAUGGCAACGCGUACCUGACACCGACAAACGAAGACAGCAACCAGCUUGAGCCCACUAAGUCACAGCGAAGCUCGACUCAGGAUGGCCAGGAUUACUUUGGAGCGGCUUCGACCAACGGCAACGGGAAUGGCAGGCCUGCGGAAGGCGCGAUAGAAACGAAGGAAGAGACUGUGUCGUCACCUACUGCAGAGGAUACGCCAUCGAAGAAGGGCAAGGGUAUGUUUGGCAAGAAGUUCAACAUGGGCUUCAGCAAGAAGAUGUUCGCCACUGGCACUGCCAUCGCCACUGAGGCACCCAAGCCUGUUGUCGAUGAGAAGGCGGAUGACAGCGAUUCACGGUCCACGAAGACGAACGGAAAGUCUUUCGAAGACAACUUCUUCGGCUCGAUACAGCGGAUACGGCACGGCUACGAAGAGGCCUUGGGUACAGGCGUGACUGACUUGGCUUCCGCGAUUGCGCCUAGCUUGCCCAACGAUACGCCUGUGUUGAAGCCUCCCGCUAUGACUACGAUCCUCAUUCAGGAAGACCGUCCAGGCUCUGGUGGUGUUGCGGAUCUGUUUGAGGGCAAGGUCGCUACGCUGGCUCUACAGGCCGAUCUCAUCGAGAAGGCUGCGCCUAUGUGGCUUGGUGAGGUAUUGUUGCGCAACCAACUUCCACCGAAGGACAUUGUAAAGGUGUCUUUCGUCCUCGAACCAUACCAGAACUCGCUUCCUGCCAUAUCAACAGAUGGUAACAACCGCCUCAACGCCAACCGCAUGCUGCGCGCCCGCAAGAUCCUUGGUUAUGUGGCUGAGCGCAUCGAACCUGCCCCUACGAAGGAAGAGCAGGAGAAGGAAGAAGCAGAGGGCACAGCGCUGCGACCGCACGAGUACCUCGAGCUCUACUGCAAUGGCCAGCUUAUCGACCCACGUAUGACCCUCGCCUCGAUGCGCGCCCACGUCUGGCGCGGCGGCGGCGACGUCCUCCUGCACUACAAAGCCAACGGGCGCAAGGAGAUCAAACAGCACCCCCAGCAUCCCGGACUGCCAUUCGCGGUGCAGCAAGGCGGUCUCUCAUCGGGUCUAGGAAGCAGCAACGUGAGUGAAGGCAAGCCGAGUAGCGAGGCAGGUAGGAGUCAGCAUUCAAGUCAGGGCGACAGGAAUGCUGCAUUUGGCCCUUGAGGUAACUUGGAGGUGGCCACGUGAGCACGAAGCAUUGGCGGGAGUUGGAUAUGGGAGUUGGAGAUUUCUCGACGUUCCUUGGCUGGCAUUUUGGAUUGUAUAUAGCGAAUGGAUGUGGGGUCGUAUACACCCUGUCUAUAAGGGGUGGUUUCUUGGAUAUGUAGUCGAAUCUCGUCGACACUUUAGAUCUAUCUUACAAC